UUUUUUUAAUAUUUAACAGGCCAAAAAAAACUUUUUGGCUUCUAAGGUUCUAGCCCAAAUAUUUCUAGGACCGGCUUUGUUUUGGACAGCAAAUCUCAACCGUCUCCCUGUCCAGAUUUAAAUGGCAGCUUGGGGAUUGAUCACAGUCGUUACUUGUCCUCUUAGUUCUCGGAAUCAAGAGACUCAUGAUCACUUAUUCCCAUUGCAAAUUUUCGAAGCUGGUCUCGUGCCAAGCACUUUUUCUGAAAGGGGACCCUUCAAACUCAACUUAGUAAUUGGAAUGGGUUGAUAUGUUGGAUGUCUUCAAGACCACCAAAUGGCCACAACACGGUCCUAAGGAAACUAUCAUCUCAGGCUACUAGCUACCAGUCAGUUAAUCGAUUAUAUCCACAAAAUUCGAACAAUCUCUCUCAAUAUGAAUCACAACGAUCUAUAGCUCUUUUAGACACGACAUUGUCCAUAACAGUCUCUCCAUUUCCAUGUGUAACAUUGAUAGUUUUUUGGGGCAACCUCAUAGUUCAAACCGUUCAACAUAUAUAUAUAUAUAUUUUUUUUUUUAUUUAUUUCAUUCUUUUUAUUGUUAUGGUUGGUUACUAGUCGAAACCUUAUAUUUACAGUAUGUUUAAUGGGCUUCCUGAUCUGUUUAAUUUGGGCCGUUUCCAAUUAAAGAAUGUUGAUAUGAAAAUUUUAAACUAGACAAACAAAAGAAUAUGUGUCUGUUUGUCUCUUCUCCCUUGUCUUUGUGUUUCCAAAUCAUUCUACAGUUGAAGUGCUUGUGGGGUUUUCCCCAUGGAGCUUCCUCUCUCUCUGUCUCUCCUCAUCCUCCUAGGGUUCCGGGGAGUACCACAAUUCACGAGGCAUGAUCCAUCAUUUCCCCCACUUCUCCGAGCGAAGAUCCCCACGUUUUGGGAAUUUAAACGAACCAUUCUCUUCUCUUGUAGCCCACAGAAAAAUUCUAAACGACAGAUCGGAUUUGUUUGAAAUAUGCCUACUCAUACAUCGGAGAAGGAAGUCGCCGGAGAAGAUGAGCUCAGGCGGAAUCCGUAUGAAGUCCUCGGCAUCCCCAGCAACUCCACCGAUCAGGAGAUCAAAAGUGCCUAUCGAAGAAUGGCUCUCAGGUACCAUCCGGAUAAGAACCCAAAUGAUCCGGUUGCAGCGGAUAUGUUUAAGGAAGUUACAUUUGCCUAUGAUGUCUUGUCUGAUCCAGAGAAUCGUCGUCAGUAUGAUACAACUGCUUCUGAGGCUGCUGGUCAAGAAAAUGAAGACCUUGAGCUUGAUCUUUCUAGCUUAGGAGCUGUUAAUACCAUGUUCGCCGCGCUUUUCAAUAAGCUUGGUGUGCAAAUCAAGACAACAGUCUCAGCAAAUUUGUUGGAUGAGGCGCUGAAUGGUACUGUUACUACUUUGCCUCUUGCGGUUGGACAAGUUGUCUCUAGGAAGGUUGAAAAGCAAUCGGCUCACUUUUAUUCUGUUACGUUAACAGAAGAAGAAUCUCAGGCUGGAUUGAUAUGUAAAGUCCACUCAUCUGCUAAAAACAAAUUCAAGUUGCUUUACUUUGAUCAAGAAGAGAGUGGAGGAUUGAGACUGGCACUACAGGAAGACAGCAGGAAAACAGGAAAGCUCUCAACUGCAGGAUUGUAUUUUUUCGGCUUCCCUGUUUACCGUUUCGAUCCCAGGGUUAAUUCAAGAGCUCUCUCAAGGGAUCCAGACACUGGUUUUUUCAAAAGGCUCGACACUUUCCAGCCGCUUGAGAUCACUGAACUGAAAGCUGGAACUCAUGUGUUUGCUGUUUACGGUGACAAUUUUUUCAAAAGCGUGAGCUACACGCUAGAAAUAUUCUCAUCUGCUCCAUUCGCCAACGAGAAAGCGACUCUCCGUUCAACAGAAGCGCAGAUAGUCUCUAAAAGAACAGAGCUAUUGAAGUUUGAAUCUGAAUAUCACGAUGUCUUUUCACAGUUUACAGAGAUGGCUAGUAAAUGCGCAGGCGAAGUACAAGAAAUUGAUGAGCUUCUCAAGAGGAGGAACGAGAUAUGCGCAGCUUACACAACUUUCCCACCAACAAAGCAUAGUUCAAGCAAGAGCUGGGGCAAGGGAAAGAGCAAGAAGAAGAGCAGUCUUUUAAUGGAAGCUAGAGAAGAAGGAGAGGUCACAGUCAGGGAAGAAAAUGGAGUGAAGAAGAAGAAAUGGUAUAAUAUUCAGCUAAGACAAGACAAGAAAAAAAACUAAAGAGACUUAAACUUAAGGCAAAUAAGCGUAAUUCAUCUCUUUCUACAAUAUGUUUCAUCUCUUUGUACGCUUUGCUGGAUUCAGAUUCACAUACUCCUCAGCUUCUUCUUCGUCCCAAGCUCUGCUGAUGUUAUAUGUGUCCUGCUGGUUAUUGCUGACAUCUUCUUCCUCACCAUUUCCUGGUUUACUAUAUGCACUUUGGUUUCUUUCUGA